AUGAUGGGCGCAUUUCCUGACGCGCGUUUCUGCACAAGCGGCACAACUGGAUUCAGGAUUCGAAUCAGGACUCCCUGUGCGAUGGCGGGUACAAUCGGCGAGGCGCAUGGCUCCGUGGCCCCUUGCCAGGCUUCAUGCUCUGGGAGAGAAGGAAGCCGAUGGCAAUUGCCGACGCCGCCCCUUUGUUCGCAUGCGCGACUGAGGCGAGCAUCAGCGCCCAAGGGAGCGCGCCGCUUCGCAUUGGCGCAGCCCGGGCCUGUCAUCGCAUCCCCGCGGACAGCUUUUUGGCGGCGCGGCGGCGUGGGAUCGUGGUUCGGGCGGGUGAUCGUUGCGCCGCCGAUGGGGCCUGGGGGGAUCGGCGCGCUGGCGAUCGGGGAGGAGUCAAUUGCGCCGAUGGCGGAGGAGAUGGAGGCGGUCGGGGAGGGGGAGGGGAAGGGGGCCGCGGAGGUGGUGGCGCCGACGAGGCUGCAGGCACAAUGGAUGUUUCUGGAGCAGGAGAUGGCGAGGCAGCAGAUGCAAGCGGUGAUGGGCCUGGCAAGCGAGGCACGACGGGGCGCAGUUGAGCUGCUGAAGAUGUGGAGCGGCAUGGAUGAGGCCAUUGGCCGCCGGCUAUGUGACCCAUCGCUGAUGGCCCGCGCCCAGGUCAUGCAGAGCACACCCAAGGCCACCCCACGGCCUGCCCUGUCGCUGGACUGGGAAGACAUGGCACAGAGGAGUGCCGUGCAGGUGGUGACCUCUGGGCGCCAGGCACGCAAGGCGAAAAAGAGUGACCAGAAGGUUUUGAGGGCUGCUGCAAGGAGCGAUGGAUAUAGAGAUGGCAGCAGUCUCACAAGGCUGUUCAAGCAUAUUGGGAGGCAGAGACUGCUGUCGGCAGUGGAAGAGAAGGAGUUGGCAGAGAAGGUGCAGGCUUGCCAAAGCAUUUUGGAGUUGCGACAGGAGCUCACUGACAAGCUGGAAAGGGACCCAAGCAGACAGGAGUUAGCAGAUGCCUGUGGUAGAACUGAGGAGGAACUGGAGAUCGUCAUGAAGGAAGGUGAAGCUGCAAAGGAGAAGAUGCUGAGGUGCAACAUGCGGCUCGUGGUGUCCAUCGCACGGCGCUACACUAACCAGGCCAUUGGUUUAGAUGACCUCGUGGCUGAGGGGACCUUUGGCCUGAUUCGGGGCAUCGAAAAAUUCGACCCCUCCAAGGGUUUUAAGUUUUCAACGUAUGCUCACUGGUGGAUACGGCAGUCAGUGGUGCGAGCAACGACGGAGCAAGCCAGGGUGGUCAAGGUCCCUGUGCACCUGCACGAGCUUGCCUCGAAAGCCAAGAAGAGGGAGCAGGAGGUGUUGCGUGGCGAGGGCUACACGCCAUCCACCCAGCAGCUUGCUGAAUACCUGAGGGUGCCUGAGAAGCGCCUUGCACGGAUGAAGGAUGCCCUCAGGAUCCCAAUAUCACUCGAUUCUCCCUCCAAGCUGGACAGCGGGUCCACAGUCAUCGAUUCCAUAGAGGCUGCAAGUAGCACAGAUCCAGAGGAUGUCGUGGCAAUGCAGUCCCUGAAGAGCGACCUUGACAGCAUCUUGGAAAGCCUGUCCCCCCGGGAGCGUGGCAUACUGCGCCUGAGGUACGGCCUUGACGAUGGCACGGAGAAGACGCUGGAAGAAGUGGGCAGGCAUUUCCAGGUCACGCGAGAGCGCAUUCGGCAGAUCGAGGCCAAGGCCAUGCGCAAGCUGCGCCACCCCAAGCGCUCCGACGUGCUGCUCGAAUACUCCAUCACUAAGGAGAAGCGUCUAGAGAGACCGACGUCAGCCAUCCUCCGAAGGUCGUAA